UAUAACCGUAUUUUCCUCGAAGAUGUGUAAACUGCUGGUAGAAUCGUUUUAAGGUGAACAGUGAGAGAAGGAGAGAGAGAAGGAGAUGUGCGUAUGCGAUCGUAAUGUAAUGGCUCGAUACGUUAAUGUCAUCGAGAAGGAGAAAACUGUGUAGACCGAUUGAGAAGUGAAUGCCGUUCUCCUUUUUUUUUUUACCCUGUCGGGAGAUACGCUGGGCCGUGAGGAGGUUGAGGGGGAAUUAAAGGGGUAUCUUUAUGCACGACAGGAACACGGGAGGACGUGCGUGGAACAGAACGAGCCUCGUCCAAGAUGUCAGGAAGGCUGCCCCGUUUGCGUGCACUUCGUCCGCGACCCCAGCAGACCAAGAUCGAGUCGCAAAAGGAAGGUAACCUUAAAGAGGACCGACAGGAAGUCACGAUGACGGAACAAGAGUCGCGAUCCGACUCCGAGGAGGUCUCGUUGGACGAUAAAGACGACGAUGAUUCUGCAAAGGAUAGUUCAAAGGACGAUCACGACGGUCUCGUCGACUCGCAGGGCUACGAGUGUAAAACUUGUAAACCACCGAAACCUUUGCCGAGUCUCAAGGCAUACCUUGAUCAUCUAAAAAAAGAACACAAACAAAAGGGGAAAUAUGUACGCGAUGCUGCAAAUCGAUGUUCAAUGUGUUCCUAUGUUGCAUUAAAUUCAAGGGACCUUGAAACACAUCAAAGAGUCCAUCAUUUAAAAAGGAGGUUUUUUAGAUGUGCUAAAUGCUCUUAUGUAACACAUGUGCGUGCUCGUUACACGAAACAUGUGAAGUAUCAUUCUAUGCCAAUGAUCAAAUGCGAUGCCUGUGAUUUUCGUACACCAUACAAGUGGAAUUUGGACAGACACACUCGGAAUCAUGGUGGAGGAGGAGCUUUUCAAUGUCGUGCUUGCAAUUUCACGGCCGAUAUCAGGCAGAGCUUAACGGUACACGAGACUAACCAUCAUGAGCCUCCUGUGGGACAAACAAAUCGUAAAUCUAAUGCACCCUUUGAGCGUAAGCCAAGAAAUAGUCCUAAGCGUUACAAUCAGGUGGGUGCAAGCGACUUUCGGGACACACUUCACAUAUCAGGAAAUACAACAGUAUCCCUCAGCCCUGGUGAUUCGUUCAUGUCCGAUCAGUCAAUGAAUUCUAUGGAAGAUAAGAGGAGUGCGAUAGCCAAUGCUGAAUGCAUUGCAUUGAAAUGUGAGGAAAAAGGCUGCCAGUUUAUCACAGCAUGGGAUUCAGAGAUGCAGAGACACUUGGCAGAGUGUCAUGCACCUGUUACACCGAAUAAGUCUAGGAAACCAUUGCCAAUGUUAAUUCCUUUAAGUCCCACUAAACCCAAUAGCACCAGUGGGUCUUCGACGACACUGUUGAAAGUUCCACGUGUAAGAGUAAGGCCGGAACUCGCUCAAAUCGCAAGGGACACAGAAUUGGCUCGUUUGUAUGGGAAUAAAGAAGUCAACAACUUAAAGAAGGAUGCGAAUAACGCGGCAGAUUUGUUUGAAAAAAAAAAUGCGUCCUUCUUUGAUAAACUAAAGGAAAAGCUUACUACAUCGGCGUCAAUAAAUAACGGGGUGCCGGAGGUAGCAGUAAGUACUACGAACGAUUUGAAAUGCUGGUGUACUUUUAAAGCUAGUAGCAUGGAAGAGCUGGCUUGUCAUAAACAAACACACCACACUGCUCUCAGUGUAUCUGUGGGCACGACGCGUUGCCCAAAGUGCAGAAGACGUUGCAAAAGCUCGACUGAUCUACAAGCGCAUAUGCAGUGUUGUCGAUCGACAAGUAACGAUGCGUCCAUAGACAGUAGCUUAGAAAAAUUAUCGAAUUGUUCAGAACUACGUGUGACCUCGUAUCGCGGUGAAUAUGCAUUCCCAGGGCAAACGGAUUGGGACGUAAAUCUCAGUGGACUGAAUUCUUCUGGAUCAUCGGUUGAAGGCACCUCGACGCAUCCAAGUGGCCGACGGGUAUUCAAAUGCCCGCAUUGCCCAUUUUGGGCAUCAACCGCAAGUCGCUUUCACGUUCAUAUUGUCGGUCAUUUAAAUCGGAAGCCAUUCGAGUGUUCCCUGUGCGCGUAUCGCUCUAACUGGCGGUGGGACAUCACAAAACAUAUUAAACUUAAAGCAGCUAAAGACCCAGUUCAUCUGACUGCCAGGGUACUUAUGACGGAUGAAACCGGUCGACGGAAUUAUUCCAAGUAUAACAAGUAUCUUGCACAGGUGGAACAACAAUCAUGGGAUGAGCAAAAUAUGGAGGAGCGUAGCGUGGAGGAAAGUAAUUCCGACGAACCACCGACUAAGCUCUUAAUCAUGAACAGCAAUGAGUAUAUGCAAUCACCGGAAUUUACGUCGACUCCGGUUUCAAUUGUAUCCACGAGCGAAGGGAAUAACGUUAAUACUAUUAACAUCGGUCUAAGACCGCCGCCUCCGUUAAAAGCUGCCUCUAGAAAUCGUGGUCAAUCCUUACUAAAAAAUAACUUGAUAUCCCCGCAAGGACAAAGCAGUUCUGCUUCUGCCACGUUGAUCGAGGACAAUAAACGUACUAUGUGGAAAUGCAAGCGUUGUAAUUUCAGGCAUUCAAACAGAGAGACCGUAUCGUUGCAUGUUAAAUCCCACAAUGAAUCGGAGCAACACCACGACGACGAAAAAAAUCCAUUUGGCUGUGGAGAUUGUCCAUUUUCCGCCCCAGAUGCUGCAACAUUAUCCAUGCAUAGAGUCCAUCACCGACCUAACCUGGAAGCCAUCUUCAAAUGUUACCUGUGCCCCUAUUACGUCAGCACAAAGGCGGAGCUAUUGGAUCACGUUAGGCUUCACGGAGAAGAGCUUGCAGUUGUUCAUCAACAGAGUACGGAUUAUAAUUUUUCACCUGUUAAAUAUAAAACACAACAAGCUAAUGCCACUAACAAUACCGGUCGUUCGAAACAGGAGAAGUCUGUCGAACAAGUGAUCCACAUAACCACGCAGAACAACGUGACCUGUGUCUCGAACGCCUUAAAAAAUUCGAACGCACCACCGCCAUUGCUUCUUGAUACUCGAGCAUUGCCCGAGGCCCCGUUGGUCUGGGUGUCCAAGUUGGACGGUACCCUCGCGAAAAUGUUAAAAUGUCGUCACUGCCCGUUCGUGUCUUCUCGACGUGCCGAGGUACGGGACCACGAGACCAUGCACCUCGAUUCACCCAGUCAGGGGCCCGUUAUUGCCUGCACCGAUUGUAGCUUCACUUGUACCCGACGAGAGAUUAUGGUCGCCCACACAGACAUGCAUUCUGGGUCGCUGGGCACCGUGCAUUGUUUAGUGGACGAUACCAGGCCUGAUUCUCAACAAUUAAGCGAUCUGGCCACGCUUCUUGGCUUUACACAUUCGCCUGUUCUAGGCUCGGAGCCUGAUCUACGAGAUUCUAGACUAGUGCAUUGCUGCAGCAAAUGUCCAGCACGGUUUCUCUGCGAAAAAGAGUUGAGAAUUCACUUGCGAUAUCAUUCCACGGAAUUAGCCUAUUCGUGCCAAUGGUGUUCGUACGCCGCACGUCAACCGGCUCAUCUGUUGGCCCAUCAGAAGGCACACUCCACGGAAUACCAAGAACGUACCAAGUAUUUAUUGUCCUUGUAUGGUUACUCUCAACGAUAUCCACCUCCUACUACCGCUUGCGUCGAGGCGGGUACUCAAGAUUCAAGUAAUUCAACGUCUACCACGGUUGCAUGGAUCGUCGUGGAAGUCUCUGAACCGUCGAGUAGUAAUUAUAAUAAUUCCAAUCAACGAACCGGAAACCAAGUGUUCACCUGUGCCAAAUGCCCGGCGCGUUACUUUAAGUUAGAUGCUUUGGAGUAUCAUAUGACUCUGCACGGGUCGAAUAACAGAUUCAAGUGCACGGAGUGCGAUUACUCGUCGAAAACCGCCCAGAAUCUGGUAAAGCAUCAGGUGGUUCACCGACGACAGACCGAAACCAGCGAGAUCAUCACGAAUUUGUCGACAACUUCUGAUCCUCAGUUCGGGCUCUACAUGCGUGGUAACCCUAACUUCGUUUAUCCUGGCUACUUGAGAAAUGGCAGAUUGAAAGAGAAACGGUACAAAUGUCACAAAUGUCCGUCUGCUUUCGAGAAACGGGAACAGUACAAAGUUCAUCUGACGUUACACGGGGCGAAACAAAGAUAUCGCUGCGACACCUGCGAUUACUCUGUCAAGUACUACGCCAACUAUGUUCAACACUUGAAGAAGCAUCAGGCGAACGCAGAAGCCCAAGCCUCACGUAGACAAUUUGAGGAUGAUACGAUUACUAUCGACAGCGACACCAUCAGCGAUAGUAUACCUUUAUCCCGUUCAGGAAAAACUUUGAAGUCGUCCAACAGCGGCAUGGCCAUGUUAUCCAUGAACGGGACGUCGAUGCUAAAUUAUGGUGGUAUGCAAGCUUCCAAUCAGGAUAAACAGUCUAUGAUAUUAUUGCAAAGGAAAGGAUUACUUUUACCACCUAUCGAGGAGACGGAGACAUUACGCUGCCAAAGCUGUCCGUUCUCAACCUCUGACAAGGACGCUUUGGACUCCCAUAAACGUCGACACGGUAUCGAGAGAAUGACACCGUCCUGUCCCCAUUGCGACUAUAUACCGAGGAAAGAUGAGAACAUCGGUGAACACAUCAGGCUACAUUUCACGAGGCUGUACAAGCCUGAAUCCUAUCUCAUCAUAGAGCUCUUAACCCUGACAAUGAAGAAGAUAGCUAAUAACGGGAAGGAAGAAAAACAAAAGACUGCGGAAUUAUUGUUCAAAGAAUAUCAGGAUGGAAGAUUCUUUCCUCUUAAUGACACUAACUCGUUUGGUAGCACUUCUACCGUAAACAACUGUAAGGAAAAAGUUAUAGUGGAUCCUAAUACCGGAGAGACAAAACAUUUGACCGUUUAAAAAGUAAUAUCGUGUAACAUACAUAUUCCUGUAUAUAAUAUUAAAUGUC